GUGAAAAGAUACUUCGAAAACACCUACAUCUGCUAUACGAAAAAUGUGUCGACCUUAAAAUACUUCGUACAGAGGCCUGACGUCAUUGACUGGAGCAAGCCGGCAAUCUUCACAGGAGUACCAAAUGAUCUGGUUUUACUACUCACCGAGAUGACCCGGAAGUACAAGGGUACCCUUUCCUCGUGUGAACCCAGGUUCAUGUACGCAUGGACAAAACAGUCACCACCGGAACUACCCGAAGUGCCAAAAGGUUUGCGCCUGUCCACCCUCGGACCGGAGCACGUGCCCAUCAUGUCCCAGGGCUGGGAAUGGUCACGGACGGACAUCGAGGGUUAUUUCCUCAGUGUUGUGGAACGAUUCGACAGUUCUUGUCUGCUGGACGAACAGGGAACGCUCCGGGCCUAUAUGUGUAUGCAGUAUAAUGGUUCUAUGGCGAUGCUGUACAUCCGUCCGCAGUACCGUAAAGACGGGUAUUUUAAUAUCAUUCUCAGCGAUUUAACACGCAAGAUACUCCUAAAGAACAAUAUUGCCUAUGGUUUCAUUCCUACAAACGAUACUUGUCUCAUCAACCAGUCCCGGGAAUUAGGAUUUGAGUGGGUACCCCGCGGGGAUAUGACUUGGGUAAAAUAUACCCCUCCUCCAAAAUUGGGGGACCUUCCUCCAGGGAACAAAACGCUGGUAGUAGGCCACAAGAAAGGGGAUGUUAAAGAAGGAAACGAGGAUGUAAAAACACCUGCGCAACCUCUCUUCAUCAACGCAAUUCCGCUAACGAUAGGGUGAUAUUUAAAAUCAUCUGAGUUGUGAAGCGAAUGAAAGAAAGAGACACAGAGAGAGAGACAAAUACAGGACUGGCUGUUGUCCAGUUCGUUUUGUAUUUAAGAUAUAUACAAGAGAGACAAAUAGGGAGAGAGAGAGAGAGA